CCUCACUCUUGUCCCUUUCCAACGCCUCUUUUUUUCUCCAAACAACAACCUUAUUCUCAUAACCAUUCCUUCCAUGGCCACUCCAUCAGAGACAAAUAUGCUCGCUGUAGAACGAAAAGCGACCGAACGGAUUGCUUGGACGCCUUCAUUACGAAGUUACAUCUCCAAUGGCUACGCUGAACACCCUGACCUUUAUACCGACGAUUUUCGAGUGCUCGAUGAACUAAGAAACGAUUGCGUGUAUAUGGAAGUCAAUGAAAAAGCACUUAAUCGGCUCAUAAAGUAGUAAUAGUAGUAGUAGCUUCAGUUCCCCUGUUCAAACGACUUAAAUUCAUCGCUCUCUUCUUUCCCUAGAUAUUAUGCGCAACUCGUGUUUAUCGGAUCUAAAUUCCCCAUCGAUGUCGGA